AUGACGGCGAAGACCCGCCACGACACCUCUUUCUCCUUCUCCAGGCGCUACUUCAACUGGAAGAGGCAAUUCGUCGAACACCUUGAAGACAACACCGACCACGAGGAAAUCCUCGCUACCCACCACUCCUCCUCUCGCCACUACUCUUCCGACGACGAUCUCCACUCUUCAAUUCAAGACCCACAACAGCUCCCCCAACUCCCGAAGAAAAAACACAAUCUUUCCAGCAAGCUCCGGUCGGCGCUCACGGUUUUCAGCAGGGGAGGAGGAAGUAAAAAUUGCGAUCGGAGUUCGAGGCUGGGAACCAAAGUAGUCGGGACCCUUUUCGGCUACCGGCGGGGACACGUCCACUUCGCGUUCCAGGAGGACCCGAAGCAGAGGCCGGCGUUCUUGAUCGAGAUGGCGACUCCGACGAGCGUGCUGGUGAGGGAGAUGGCGUCUGGGCUUGUGAGGAUUGCGCUGGAGUGCGAGAAGAAGUCCUCGCCGACUUCGACGGAGAAGAAGAAGAAGAAGCAAGGGGUUAAGCUGCUGGAAGAAGGGGUGUGGAGGAGUUACUGUAAUGGGAAGAAGUGCGGGUACGCGUUGAGAAGGGAGUGUGGGGAGGCGGAAUGGAAGGUGCUGCAGGCGGUGGCGCCGAUCACGAUGGGUGCCGGAGUUCUGCCGGCGGCGACGACGGCGGGGGAGGUGGAAAAGGAAGAGGGCGGAGGGGAAGGGGAGCUGAUGUACAUGAGGGCGAGGUUUGAGAGAGUGGUGGGUUCGAAGGAUUCGGAAGCGUUCUACAUGAUGAAUCCUGAGGAUGGUUCUGGUGGCCCUGAGCUCAGUCUCUACUUGCUUAGGGCUUAG